ACGAACACCAUCAAUGAGUCCGACCGCAUGUCGUGAUGCGACUCACAUCACAACAGGCAGACUCGAAGAGCAACGUUAUUUUUUGGGUUCGAUAUUCGUUUCAUUCAUAGAGCAGCUAUCGCCGGUAACGGAUUCGCCACGAUGGAGAGAAUAUUUUUUGGACAAAUCAUUCACUCGACGUCUUUCGAUUCCUUGGAACUACUCACUGAUGGAUUUGUUGCUGUUAAGAACGGAAAGAUAACAGCAAUUGGAGCCAAAUCUGAGUACGAAUCUUUGCCGGAAAAGGAGUCUUACGAGAAAGUCGAGCUGACUGAAUCCCAAUUUCUAUUACCAGGAUUCAUAGACUGUCACAUCCAUGCGCCUCAGGUACCGAACAUUGGACUGGGUUUAGACAAAGAUCUACUGGGCUGGUUGAGUACGUACACGUUCCCAUUAGAGGCUGAAUAUAAGGAUGUCGAAUUUGCACAGCAGGUAUAUAGUACUGUGGUUCGUGAUACGAUUGCAAGUGGUACAACUUGCGCUUGCUACUUCGCGACAAUUUACAAUGACAGUAACAAGGUGUUAGCAGAUGAAAUAAUCCGCCAAGGUCAGAGAGCCUUCGUAGGGAAGGUUUCGUCGAACAGAUGUUGUCCAGACUAUUACAUAGAAACUGGCACCGAUGCCUCAGUUCAAGACAAUAUCGAUUUCAUAGAAUAUCUGCUGUCGAAAAAUAUUGAUCGCGUCAAACCGAUCAUCACUCCCCGUUUCGCGAUCAGCUGUGAUAUGGAGUUAAUGAAAAAGCUAGCAGAAUUAGCUGUACGUUACAAUCUGAACGUUCAAUCUCAUAUUUCAGAAAGCUUGGGAGAGGUUGAGUCAGUGAAAGAAUUUUAUCCGCAUUGCAAAAACUAUUCGAACGUUUAUGACGAGGCAAAAUUGAUGACCAAUCGUUGCGUAUUGGCCCAUGGAGUGCAUCUGGAAGAUGAAGAACUGGAAAUUUUUGCAACUCGAGGAACCUCCGUUGCUCACUGUCCGACAUCGAAUACCAAUCUAGGUUCAGGAAUGUGCGACGUGAAACGUCUACAUGCCGCAAAAGUAAAAGUUGGUUUGGGAACGGAUGUUUCCGGGGGAAAUCGGAUUGCAAUAUAUGAUGUAAUGCGAGCUGCUUUAGACGUGUCCCAUCAUUUGAACGUAAUGAAGAAACAAGACGUUAAGGGGACCGGUAAAGUAGUGCCAACUUCGAAAUAUAACGAGCUGUAUGUACCUUUAAAUUACAAGCAAGUGAUUUAUCUGGCCACGUUGGGCGGUGCUGAAGCAUUAUCGAUCGCGGACAAGGUGGGCAACUUUAUGCCUGGUAAAGAGUUUGACGCACUACUCAUUGACACGUCAGUGUACCCCAUCAACAGAUACAAACUACCAGCAGCUUUAAUGCAAAACAAAUCCCCUAAAGAGAUGUUGCUAGAGCAGCUUCAGAAGUUUGUCUACGUGGGAAACGAUCAGAACAUUGUUAAUGUAUUCGUUGCUGGUCAAAAGGUCAAGUAAACUCUAACAAAUUUCGACGACAUUCCAAACUAAUGAACAAAUUGAAAAAAUGUCUUUUUAUUUAAUCAUAGUUCCCACCGAAAUACACAAACAGUCAUUCUCUUAUCCCACCCGUUCUAUUCGUCUCACGGUAAAGGUAUUGU